UGAGCUCGUUUGUCGUCGACGCAGACCAGAGUGAGAGUCGAACCAUUUGUUUUCACACCUUCGACACGCUGUCGCGUCUUCACUGAUCGGAGCUGAACAGGUCGACAUGUCCAGGAAGAAGGCGGCGAGAGGCAACGGGAGCUCCAAGAGCCCCAAAGCGUCCCCGAGCAGCGGCAGGGCGGCCAAAGGUCUGUCGGCUGCCGGAGCUCCGUCCUCCGGGCUGGUUUAUCCCAGCAGACCGUCCAUCAGCAGCAGCGGAGAGUUCUACGACUUCGCAUUCAAGGUGAUGCUGGUUGGAGAUUCAGGGGUGGGGAAGACCUGCCUGUUGGUUCGCUUUAAGGAUGGGGCCUUCUUAGCUGGGAGCUUCAUCUCCACCGUGGGCAUCGAUUUCAGGAAUAAAGUUUUGAGCAUUGACACUGUGAAGGUCAAACUUCAGAUUUGGGACACUGCUGGACAGGAACGUUUCCGGAGUGUCACACAUGCUUAUUACCGCGACGCACACGCGCUCCUCCUCCUGUAUGACGUCACUAACAAAGUGUCCUUUGACAACAUCCGGGCAUGGUUGACCGAGAUCCACGAGUACGCCCAACAGAAUGUGGUUGUCAUGUUGUUGGGAAACAAGGCCGACUCCAAACAUGACAGGGUCAUGAAACGAGAGGACGGAGAGAAACUGGCAAUGGAGUUUGGAGUGCCCUUCAUGGAGACGAGCGCUAAAUCUGGACUCAAUGUGGAGCUGGCUUUCACCGCCGUGGCCAAAGAACUGAAGCACAGGACAAUGAAGGAGCCGGACGAGCCAAAGUUUCAGCUGCAGGAAUACGUGGACAAAGAAGUGAGGACGGCUGGCUGCUGCCGCUCGUAGAUGUCUGGUGUAUGACUCGUGCUAGCGAAAGCGUUCAGGUAGAGUUGGCGGUAAUGAAGUGGUGUGUGUGCCUGAGGAUGUUCUUGAUAUUAUCAGUGUUUGUUGUAGUUCUCGCUCCAACUGUGAAUGUAAAAUAAUUCUCUUUACAUGUUUGUACAUGCAUCGACUUGCACGUCCUCCUGUGGGCAGUUUUCUGAUUGUGAACACAAUUUUUUUUUUUUUUUUGUGCCCUGAAAGCUUCCUUUGCAAAUUCAUGUCUAUUGAACCUGAAGCAUAA